AUGAGCAACGACAACGCCGCCCCUUCCUCCAGUUCCGCUGCUGCCAAUGGAUCCGCCGAUUCUGCUGCUCCCAGGCGCAAUUCCAAGCGACCUAAAUAUUCUAAGUUUACACAACAGGAACUUCCUGCUUGCAAGCCGAUUCUCACGCCAGGAUGGGUGAUCUCCGCUUUCCUGCUGGUCAGCGUCAUCUUCGUUCCAAUUGGAGUUGCUUCCUUGUUUGCUUCCAGAGAUGUUGUUGAGGUCGUUGACCGCUAUGAAACCGCAUGUAUUCCUGCUCAAAACAGAACUAACAAGGUUGCAUAUAUCCAGAGUUCUGCCAAUAAAAUAUGCGUCAGAACCCUGACAGUUCCAAAGCGUAUGAAGGCACCUAUUUAUAUUUACUACGAGCUUGAUAACUUCUACCAGAAUCACCGCAGGUAUGUGAAGAGCAGAAACGAUAUGCAAUUGAGAAGUAACAGUAGUCAGGACGAUACAAGUAAUUGUAAGCCUGAAGAUCUGAUUAAUGGAACAGCUAUUGUGCCAUGUGGUCUUAUAGCUUGGAGUUUAUUUAAUGAUACCUAUAGCUUCUCUCGUGGAAAUGAAUCGUUGAAUGUGAAUAAGAAGGACAUUUCAUGGAAGAGCGACAGAGACCACAAGUUUGGUGACAAUGUUUUCCCAAAGAAUUUCCAGAGCGGAGGACUCAAAGGUGGUGGGAGUCUCAACGAAUCGAAACCGCUUAGCGAGCAGGAGGAUCUCAUUGUGUGGAUGAGAACUGCAGCUCUACCAACUUUCAGAAAGUUGUAUGGGAGGAUAGAGGUGGAUCUCAACAGAGGUGAUACAAUAAAUGUUACAUUGGGCAACCACUACAAUACCUACAGUUUCAAUGGCAAGAAGAGACUUGUGCUUUCAACAACAAGCUGGCUCGGUGGGAAGAAUGACUUUCUCGGCAUUGCUUACCUUACAGUUGGAGGGUUAUGCCUGUUCUUGGCAGUAUGUUUCAUCAUAGUGUAUCUUGUGAAACCCAGGCGGCUUGGAGACCCCUCUUAUCUAUCAUGGAACAGAAGUCCUGGAGGGCAGCGUUAA